UCUGCUUCCUGCUCCAUUCCGGACCGAUGGAGGAGGAAGAUGGGGAAGAACGGGCGCUGCUUGGGGGCCGCCCGGAGGCGGACAGCGCACUCCAGGGCGCCCCUCGCGCUCUGCCCGCGCUCUGCGACCCCAGCCACCUGGCGCACCGGCUUGUGGUGCUUUUGCUGAUGUGCCUCCUUGGCUUCGGCAGCUAUUUCUGCUACGACAACCCCGGAGCCCUCCAGACUCAGGUUAAACGGGACAUGCAAGUGAAUACCACGAAAUUCAUGCUGCUGUACGCCUGGUAUUCUUGGCCCAAUGUAAUUUUGUGUUUCUUGGGUGGCUUUCUGAUAGACCGCAUAUUUGGAAUAAGAUGGGGCACAGUUAUUUUUAGCUGCUUUGUUUGCAUCGGACAGGUCAUUUUUGCUCUGGGUGGAAUAUUUAAUGCAUUUUGGCUGAUGGAGCUUGGGAGGUUUGUGUUUGGGAUUGGGGGAGAGUCCUUAGCGGUUGCCCAGAAUACAUAUGCUGUGAGCUGGUUUAAAGGCAAAGAAUUAAACCUGGUGUUUGGACUUCAACUCAGCAUGGCCAGAAUUGGAAGCACGGUGAACAUGAACCUCAUGGGCUGGUUGUAUGGGAAGAUUGAAGCAUCACUGGGCUCGGCUGGCCACACGACCCUGGGCGUGACACUGAUGGUUGGAGGUAUAACGUGCAUUCUUUCACUAAUCUGUGCUUUGGUCCUUGCUUAUUUGGAUCGGAGGGCAGAGAAAAUACUAAAUAAAGAACAAGGAAAAACAGGUGAAGUCAUUAAGUUGACGGAUAUAAAGGACUUCUCCUUACCCCUGAUGCUGGUCUUCAUCAUCUGUGUCUGCUACUACGUGGCGGUGUUCCCUUUUAUUGGGCUGGGCAAAGUCUUCUUCAUAGAGAAAUUCAGAUUUUCUUCCCAGUCAGCAAGUGCAAUCAACAGCAUUGUGUAUAUCAUAUCAGCUCCUAUGUCCCCAAUAUUUGGAUUCUUGGUGGAUAAAACUGGGAAGAACAUCGUCUGGGUCCUGUGUGCGGUAGCCACCACCCUCGUGGCCCACAUGAUGCUGGCCUUCACCUUUUGGAACCCGUGGAUUGCCAUGUGUCUGCUGGGGUUCUCCUACUCAUUGCUGGCCUGUGCAUUGUGGCCAAUGGUGGCAUUCAUAGUUCCCGAACACCAGCUGGGAACAGCUUAUGGAUUCAUGCAGUCUAUUCAGAACCUUGGGCUGGCCGUCAUUGCCAUCCUCGCUGGCAUGAUACUGGACACGCGGGGAUACUUGCUUUUGGAGGUGUUCUUCAUCGCCUGUGUUUCUUUGUCACUGUUAGCUGUGGUCUUUCUGUACUUGGUGAACCGUGCCCGAGGUGGGAAUCUAAAUUAUUCUGCAAAACAAAGGGAACAAAUGAAGCCUUCUCAUUCAGAAUGAAACUCUGAAAUGGCUGCCGUGAGAGAGACAGCAUUCGCUGCUGACUGGAAACCUUCAGGAAAAUCACUUAGAAAAAUAACAUAGUGGAGAAUAUAUUUAUAUUUGAUACAUACCUACUUAAGGUUCACGCAGACCGUUUUAGCCUUUCGUAACCGUGUGUUAUGGAAGUGUUUAGUCAACAGUGAACAGUUUAGGGACUCUGGAACAUUCUGGAAGGACCUCGUCAGGGUCUGCAUCUUCUGUUGGGGUGAUUUUUAGUAAGUGCAUCCUUCAGAUGUAGCCUUUCCUUUGCAUCAUAGCAUGAAAAAGGGAAAACCCCCAAAGCAUAAGGGUCUGGGGUAGAAGCUGUUACGUACACAAUAAAGAACGGCGUCUUAACCGCACUCACUGUGUCCUGGAGAACAGUACGCAAUCCCUCGGAACUUCCCAUGAGGAGGUUGUGUAUGAAUGUCACUUGUGGCUGCUGAGCAGCAAACCUGUGGACGUUUUCUUUUCUUUAAGGACAAUAAAAGUGUCCUUCAGUUUAUGGUGGCUACCUAUGUACAUGGAUACAUAAAACCAAUGCAGGAGGUUAUAUUUGUAAAACAUUGCAGCACUGACCUCAAGUUUUCUGUGGAAGAUAAUCUCUAGAAAUCAAAGCUGCAGCAAAGGAAAUGUCCUAGGCACGGUCUCUUUGAGUAGUUUUAUGGGUGUAGGGUACAUGUGGUACACAGCAUUGUAUACUUGAAGCUUUGGCAUCAAGGGACUGGAGA